AUGCCGCAUCCCGCGGCGCCCCUCGGGGCCGCCCUGCUGCUCGUCCUGCUGGCGGCGGACUCCUCGCAGACCGUGCUGCUGCGCGCCCCGGAAGCUGCCCAGUUCCUGCGGCAGAGGCAGCGGCGAGCCUACCAGAUCUUCGAGGAGACCAAGCAAGGGCACCUGGAGAGGGAGUGCGUGGAGGAGCACUGCAGCAAGGAGGAGGCCCGGGAGGUGUUUGAGAAUGACCCAGAGACGGAAUAUUUUUACCCGAAAUACUUGGCUUGUAUUCAGAAAUAUGGGUCACCGUAUACGAGAAACCCAGAUUUCCUUACAUGUGUUCAUAAUUUGCCAAACCAGUGUUCUCCCAAUCCUUGUCACAAAGAAGGGACUGUCAAAUGCCAGGAUCUCAAGGGGGAUUUCUACUGUGAAUGCAAACAUGGCUGGCAGGGAAAAAGGUGUGAAAAAGAUAUUGAUGAAUGUGGAAUGCAGAAUGGUGGCUGUAACCAGCUCUGCCUCAACAAGCUGGGCAGCUAUCGGUGCUCAUGCUACAGUGGUUAUGCUCUUAAAGACAGUAAAAUAUGUGAAGACAUAGAUGAAUGCACAGUAUCAGCAGACAUCUGUGGAGAAGCUCAUUGUAAAAAUUUAAUAAGCUCAUAUGAAUGUCUUUGUGAUGCAGGCUACAAGUACGAUGACCUGAGAAAAACUUGUCAGGAUAUAGAUGAAUGUGAAGAAAAGCUCUGUGAACAGACCUGUGUCAACUCACCAGGGAGUUACACCUGUCACUGUGAUGGCAGAGGGGGAGUGAAACUUUCCCAAGACAUGAAUACAUGUGAGAACAUCAUACCAUGUGUGCCUUUUGCUGUUGGAAGGAGUAUUAAAUCCUUGCACCUGGGGAGGAUGUUCAGCGGCACUCCUGUUAUCAGGCUGCGCUUCAAAAGGAAACAACUGACGAGACUUGUGGCUGAGUUCGACUUUAGAACCUUUGAUCCUGAAGGUAUCCUUUUCUUUGCUGGAGGCCAUCAAGACAGCACAUGGAUAGUGUUGGCUUUGCGCAAAGGACGGCUGGAGCUGCAGCUGAAAUACAACGGCAUCGGGCGCGUGACCAGCACCGGGCCCCUCAUCAACCAUGGCAUGUGGCAAACGAUCUCUGUUGAGGAACUUGAAAGAAAUUUGAUUAUAAAGGUCAACAGGGAUGCAGUUAUGAAAAUAGCUGUCUCAGGGGACCUGUUUACACUAGACAAGGGAGUGUAUCAGCUGAAUUUGACAGUAGGAGGAAUUCCUUUCAAAACAAAAGACCUUAUUCUACCAAUAAACCCUCGUCUGGAUGGUUGCAUGCGGGCAUGGAACUGGCUGAAUGGGGAGGACACCUCUAUACAAGAGACCAUAAAGAUGAAUGAAAAGAUGCAGUGCUUUGCUGUAGCAGGACGAGGCUCUUUCUAUCCUGGCCAAGGUUUUGCUGUGUUUAAUCUUACUUACAUUCAACUUUCUUCUGGAAAUGAAACCAAGACAAGUUGGGAAAUUGAAGUAAAUGCUGUCAUUCAACCAGCAACAGAUACUGGUGUGCUGUUUGCCCUAGUUACAGAAGAAGCAUCUGUCCCUUUAUCACUAUCUCUGAUUGAUUAUCACUCCACAAAGAAACUUAAACAACAGUUUAUCAUUGUGGCCUUGGAGAACACAGUUGUGUCCAGACUGGCAAUAAAUCUCUGUGAUAAGAAGGAACACUCUGUAGACGUCCUUCUCAAGAAAGAUCAUUUAUCCCUGAGGGUAGAUGGGGUAGCAGGAGAGACUGAACUAAGCACCUCUGACUUGGAGGAGAGUCUGUCCAUCUUGGAGAGCUCUUUGCAGUCAACGAAGACAUACGUGGGAGGAUUACCAGACGUUCCUGUCACUUCCACUCCGGUGACCGCGUCCUACCAUGGCUGCAUGACCCUCAAACUGAGCAACACGGCACUGGACUUAGAUGAGGCUCUCUACAAGCACAGUGACAUCACCUCACAUUCCUGUCCUCCAGUCCAGGAGGAUCAGUAG